CGCCGCAGUUUGAAGCAUUGCAAUGGAAUCGUUCUUGAAUGUGGGAUGACGUUGUAUAAUUUCGCGACUAACACGUGUUUUCGACAAGUGAUUUCGUCAGUUUUUUGUUCGUUUUUGCGAUAGUUCUUUUUCGCAAAAGUAUCUUGUUGUUGUUUUUAUUAUUAUAAUUUUGUUGCGGGUUGAAUUACGCGAAAGAGUCGUGUCGAUUGUCGUUUUUUUGCAGUUUAAAAACUUCUAUUUCGCGGUUCGUGUUUUGUUUCUUUUGUUCUUUUACAAUACAUCAUUUUGUUUUCACGAUUUUUUCAGUUGGUUUUAUUUAAUUACGUGCGUGGUGACGAAAAUUUAGUUCUGUGUUGUUAUAUUUGUGAAGUUCAGUGACAAUUCGGAUGAAAUAAUUCACCAGUCAGUCGAUCAGGCGGAAAAUGGAAGCCACAUAUUGCAUCAAUGGUGCUGAAGCCGAUUUCAACAGAAUGUUUGAUCAGUAUUUAUACAAGAGAUCAGAAAGUAGCGAUCUUGCCUUAUCCAUGCCAACCAAUCAUAACGGAGCAUACCCAGUAAACGAACAGACAUUUCACACGCCUAGUUUCGGCGACGAAGAAUUUGAUAUAACGCCUUUAGGACCGACAGCUACGCCAUCCGGCAACAAUAAUCAACACCCUCCGUCAUAUCAGCAUUCACAAGUUAGGGUUUUAUCGAGUCACACGAGCGAACCAAUGUCGCCGCAAAGACCACAGCCACAAAUGUGCAAUACGAACGGUUAUCAUUACAUGUCACCACCUCUUCCACCAUCGUCGGACCACAAUAGUCGAAGCAUGGGUAUCAGUGUUAGUGCAAAUUAUACCAAUUCUCAUCAGCAACCAGGCUUCAAUACGAUCGCAAAUAACCAAAGUUCUCAAUUACUUCUACUUCAGUCGCAUCAUCAACAAACGUCUCAACAGUCACAGCCGCCUCAAAUGCAGCAGCCAUCUCACUACAACGUGGCGGCGAUGCGAUCAUACGCGCAGUCACCGCAAGCCAACAGUCCGAAUGGUAUGGCCUCGACGCCGGGACCAAAUCCACCCGGAGCCCACGAAACCACCACCACCAGCGAUGACAGCGACGACAGCACGCCGCAUACUACACUAGUUACUGGUAUGAAAAGACCAUCUCCAGAACCGAUCGAAAACGACGCGCAGAAAAUUCAGAAAAAACCUAAACCGACGAAGAAAAAGAAAAAAAGAGAUCCUAACGAGCCGCAAAAACCCGUUUCGGCGUACGCGUUAUUUUUUCGAGAUACUCAAGCAGCUAUUAAAGGCCAGCAUCCGAAUACCAGUUUUGGAGAAGUUUCAAAGAUUGUCGCUUCGAUGUGGGACUCGUUAGACGCUGACCAUAAAAACGUUUACAAGAAGAAAACAGAAACGGCUAAAAAAGAUUACCUAAAAGCUUUGGCAGCGUAUAGAGCAACCUUGGUUUCAAAAGGUGCUGGAGAAAACGACAACGGUGGAUAUGCUGGAGGUUAUGGAGGAUAUGGCGGCGGUUACAGCGGCUAUUCGCCGCCGGCAGGACUUCCAUCUCCUCCGAUCCAGUCGCCGUCGUCGCAUCAGCAAAUACCGCACGGCAGUAUGAACAGUAUGAACAGUAUGAGUAGUAUGAAUAACAUGAAUAAUAUGAAUAAGAAAUCGCAAAUGAUUAUGACGGAUUCCAGACUAACGAUGAACGGUCAUCAACCGAACAUGAUGACGCCGCCGCCACACAUGACGCAAAAUAAUCUCAUAGACCAUACGUCGCAGCAGCAGCAACAGCAACAGCAGCAGCAGCAGCAGCAACAACAACAACCACCGCCGCCAUCUCAACAAAAUUCUCCACAUAACCCCGUUUCGCAACAAGCAUCGCAAUCUUUAAACCCAAAUUAUACUCAUCAGCCGUGGGCAUGGUACAGAAUGAUGGGACCGAAUAAUUAAUAAAUUUAAGUUAGUCUAACGCCGGCACCAAUCAGCGGCAGUUGUAUACUUUGUACAGUUUCCACGUUUCUUAAAUUCUGCCCUACACGAAUACGUACGACGUUCUCGUUUCUCGUUUUGCAGAACAAUGAAGUCUGCAGGACGAGCCAAGUUUUAUAAUAUGUAUAUUGUACUGUACAUACGUACGAGUACAUUCUUUAUUUGUUGUACCUGUAUCAAUCAACACUGUGUAGUUGGACCGAUUCUUGAUAUUUCGUUUUCGUUUUCGUUGGUUGGCGAAUUGCAUCGUAUUUGCGAGCUGCGAGCAGCGAACACCACCAUUCGUAAGUCGUAUUACCUACCUGUACACCUACCUACCGCAAUCGUGUAUUGAGAUGAGAGUGCACUCGAAUACGCAAGUACCUCCUGCUAUCGUCGUCUAGCAUUAUACUUAUACCUACCAUUUUUAUUAUUCGUUUGUUUAGCGAAAUGUUUAGUACCGUCAUCGUUCACGUGACGGCGAUUCAUUUUUACAGGGUUACCAAAUUAAAUUUAUUAUGCUAAUAGUAUAAUCAAAAACGAGACAAGCAAAAAAGAAGGCAUGCUUUGUAAUACAUACCUAGACCUACUACAUAUUUGUAUGUGAAACAAGGCGUCUUGUACAGGUACCGGUACCUAGACCUACAUACUAUACUUCCUUCACGUACUCGUACUGUAUCAUUAUUUUGAUUUGAUUUUUUUUUCUUUUUUUGGUUAUUCACUUGUUUGUUUAAUUAUUUGUUUGUUUGUUUGUUUGUCUGUUUGUUCGUUCAUUCGUUCGUUGUUUGUUUGUCCAUUUAUAUUGGUUUGUUUUUAUAUUGUUACGACGGUGAGAUGAUCGAAUCACUGAAAAAAUCUCGACUCGUUAGUCGUGUUUUAAUUUUCAAUUUUUACGUAAAUGUUAUAAAAUAUUUUUGGGAAAAAAGAGACAAGUUUCGUAUAGAUACUUACCUGUAGAUAUUGAUGUAUAUUUUUUUUUCAUGUGAUCGCAUGUGUAUUGUGUACAUUACCGUGUAUAUAAGUGUAUUAAGGUGUGUGAUGUGUUUUCGUAUUCUAUUUAUGUGCGCUUACUACGUAAUACGUAUACCUACCUACCUAGUUGUACCUAUCUAUCAAUGUUUUAAAAAGCUGCUGAAUCGUAUCGAUAAAUCUAUUAAAUACGUGCACUAAUGGAAAAUUCAUCGCGCCAGUUAUAUGUAUCGAUACAUACCUAUUAGAACAAAUUGUACGUAUUUGGUAACCCUGAGUGUUUUUCCUCCUCUUUACACAAUCGCAUCUCAUAUUUUUGAUUUUAAUUUUUUUUUUUCUUUUUACCGAUUUUCUGUUGUUUUGUUUAUAAAGUGUAACAACCUAAGACGUACAUGUACUAAUAAUAUCGUGUUUUUAAAAACUAUAUGUUCCUAAAUGUUAUAUCGUUGAAUUGGAUUAUUAUUUUUAUUUAUUUUUUUUUUCGUUUUUUGUGGGAAAAAAUAUGCUUGGUCGCUAACGAUACAUUACCCGUAUGCUUGGUUAGUUUUCCAUUAAAUUUUCUCUAAUUUUUCAUCGGACGAGUUUCGUUAGAAAAAAUGUCGAAUUUUACGAAGUUCAUUGUCAACUCGAUUCGAUAAAGCGAUGUAAUUCGGAUUUGACGGCAUCUUUGAUCUUUCGUCGUUACAUAUGUACAAUUAUGUUGACGAAGAUGUCGAAUUGAAAAAUUUUCCAUGUAAUCGUAUUUGAGCGAGGAUAACCCGUAAUUGUUUUUUAUUUUCUCCUUUCUUCAAUAUUGCAUUUACGUAUCUAUAUUUAAGUUUUUAUUAUUAUCAUUUUUUUUUUAUUUUUACUUCUAUUGUUUUCCCUCCCUGUUUUUGUAUCAGUGAAAGUUGCGUUGAACAGUUCGAUAAAUCGUUCGUUCUAUUCGGGUUGACAAAAUCAAAGUUGGUUUCUAUUUUACGGAAACCUUUUGCGAAAUAAUUUUCAUUUGUGAAUUUUUAAUGCGCCAUUGAAGAUGAAAAUUUUAUGGUAAAACCGCGAUGAAAAAUAAUUUUUUUUGAAUGACAAUUCGUUUAUUUUUCUGUUAUUUUUGUUUGGCUGUGUGGGAUAUAAAUAAUACCUAGUAUCUCUGCGUGUAAUACAUUUUUGUUCCGUAAUGUUCGUUGAGUUUGAAAAAUUGCGAACGAAUCGUUUAUCGUGACUGUUCUGCGGAGUGUACUUUUUAGAAUAAUAUUACGAAAAUUUGAAAAAUUGGCAAAAGGCGGUAAUAAAUCUAGUAUUCCUAUAUCGUGUUAAGCUUCGCCGCCUUUAACGUUUGCUCGGUUCGAAAGGAUUAUGUUGCUUAAGAUAACUUACUAUAUAGUUGCCAAGCGUCGUUCAAAAUUAUUUUAUUAUACCUAUCUACCUACAAUCGGCUUUUUAAGCACAAAAACCGUACUUAACAAAUCAACGCUAUGCGCAUAGGAUGAAUAUGGGUGCACGUUACAGUGAUCAUUAAAUUAUUCGCCACAAAGUUUUGUCUUUUUUUUUUUUUUUUUUUUAGUCGAUUACCACUUAUAUAACUUGAAAAUUAUAGCAACAACCUUUGUGAUUCGUUUGUAGAUUGUCUUCCUUCUAUCUUUUCUAUGUAAUAAUUAUAUCAUCAUUUCUGAGAUUACUUAUUCGGUAUUACAAUGAUUUGUUUUUUCUUUCUUUCUUCGUUUCUUUCAUUUUUUUAUUUUUCUUUUUUUUUUUUUUUUUUUUUUGUUAUUUUAUAUUGUUAAUGUUAUUUGAUUACAUAAUUGUACAAAUUACAGCGUAACUCAGUAUUAGCUUGAUGUUAAUUUUGGAAAUGUGUUUAACAUUGACCCACCACUGGUCUCUCUGUUUCUGGUCACUGAAUUUAUUACUUAGAAUUAAGAGUAUAAGGCUUGUGAAAGUAUUUAAGACUCGAAAUAUCUGAUUAUUAUGAAAUUAUCUCAUAGACGUAUGAAACAGAAUCAACAGUUGGUUGGAGCCAAGUUCAAUGUGUAUAUCGUGGUUUUGUUUGUGUUGUCCUCAUUUAGGGCUAUCCAAAAUAUCCCCCAUAACAUUCCAUACAUUAAGACAUUUUAUACUCUUAUUAGAUCGUAUAUACAGUAAAUAUAAUUUAUAUUUUUUUGUAUAUAAUGUAAUAAUUUUAAUAUUUUUAGUUUAAUUUUAAAAAAAUGAAAAUUAGUUUUUUUUUUGUUUUUAUUACGGAUAUUAUAUUAUUGUAAUACGAUUCGUGAUAACGUCUGUAGUAGUUAUACAAUUUUUCAACGCUCAUGUUACUGUUGAUUUAUCCUAUUUAUGUAAAUACCAAAAUAUAUAAAACAAAUUAUU